AUCAUCAUCAUGUUUUGGAUUUUAAUUUUUUACACAAUUUCUCUGAGUGCCAUUUGCGGAGCUGCAGGAGGCAAAUACAACAUUACGUACGAGCAACUUGAUCGCUGCAAGGAAUACGAUGCCGUCAAUGGUUACAACUAUCGCACUUAUUUCCAUUUGAGCGAUUUGAAGCACGCAACGCCCAAAGAUGAGGAACUCGUAAAUAUCAAUCUCGUCAUUUUGGGGACAAAAGAUGCUCAUAUCUUGCUGACGUCGAGCAAGGACGAUGUUAAUGCACCUGUUUAUGAAAUUGUCAUCGGAGCGGGCAGCAAUACUUUCUGUGAGAUUCGCAAAAAACGCAAAACGGGUCCGCUGAAGAAUAAACGCGUUCAAGUGUUAUCGCCAAUUGAUCCGGUCCCGCUUACGAUAAGAAUAACAAGAUCUGGUAUAAUUGAAGUUACAAUCCGCGGAGACAUUCUCCCAUUAAUUUCAGCAGAAGAUACUCAACCAAUCACAGAUCUAAAGUACAUUUCAUUCAGUUCUUGGGGUUCAACGAGCAUCAGAUUCUUCUACGAUUGUCCAGAUUUCUCAUCAGGACAAGAAUUAACGCCAGAAGAGCCUCCAAUGACAACACAAGAGAAAUUAAUUCAAAAAAUCUUCAAAAAUUACGACAUUUUUACACUUCCCCAAUUGCAGGAAGAGGUAAUGAUCGAUUCUUUCACGAUCAAAAGUGUCAAUUACGACGAAAAAAAGAGCCUUUUAACGUCGCGUGUCAACAUCAAGUUAAGCUGGAACGAUUCUCGUCUCAUGUGGGAUCCCGAAGACUUCGAAAGCAUCAAAGGAAUCCGAAAUCCCAGCAAGGGAAGUUUCUGGAAACCCUCUUUGAUGCUCAUGAAUGGCGCUCUCGCUGCUUUCAAGGACUUGGAUAUUCAAUACAGCUUCUCAGUCAAUCACGAUGGAACGGUAAAUGCGGAAUCCAAAGAUUUUGAAAUCAAUACUUUGUGUUUCCCUCAAAGGAGUUUCGAGCGACACGAUUGGCCCUUGUCGGAAAUGACAUGCAGCAUUCAACUUAUGACCCAAACGGAGUCCUUGGCGGGCUUUGAGAGCUCAAUUAAACUGAAAAUUGAGACAGAAAGUGCUUGGAUUGUCACCGCUGUUGCCGAAGACGACGAUUAUGUGGCGAAUCAUUUGCCAUUUAUCGAAUUUGAGAGAAUCGUGAGUCUCGAUGAACAGCCAAAAACGCAACGGAUGUGUGUCACGUACAAUUUGACGCUGAAACAGAACCAAGAAUACUUCCAAAUGUUGUUCCGAGUGCCGUUAUUCGUCUCAAUUGCAUGUCUUGCUUUGUCAACUGUCACAAGAAAAAUGCUGAGAUUCAGUUUUAUCUCCGUUGGAUUCCUAAUUUUGUGUUUUUCGUUCAUUUCGUUAUCGGAUAACGCUCCAACUUUUUACAAAUCCACGUUUGCAAUUCAUCACGAGACCCUGAUGUAUCUUUCGUUGGUGAGUCUCGUACUUGCCAUUGUCAAUAUUUGGUGUUUUGAGUAUCCGCCAGAUACAUUACCGCCCUUGUGGAUGGGACAAGUUGUUAAUUUUCAUUGGCUUCGAAUAUUUUUGGGACUUCAAAAUACAGGAGGUUACGAUUUCCUUCAAAAGCGAAAACUUGCAUGGCAAGAAUUAGAUGAGGUCCUUGAUCGUUUGUGGCUUCUUUCAAUUAUUGUUUAUGGCACUAUUUGUAUGUCUACUGCAUAAAUUUGAU